AUGAGACCAAUCAAGUUAAUGGGACACGAGCGUUCUUUAACGCAAGUGAAAUACAACAGAGAAGGUGACUUGCUAUUUUCUGUUGCAAAAGAUAAUGCUGCAUCAAUCUGGUACUCAUCAAACGGUGAAAGAUUAGGAACCUUGGAAGGACAUCAGGGUGUAAUCUGGUCGAUUGAUGUUGAUCCAGAGACAGAUUUAUGUGCUACAGGUGGAGGUGAUUUGGCAAUAAAAUUGUGGAAGGUUGAAACCGGAGAAUGCAUUUAUACAUGGAACAGUCCUUCACCCGUGAGAAGAGUUGCCUUUUCACCUGAUGGGUCAAAAUUGUUGGCGAUUGCUGAUCAAGUAAUGGGUCAUAUUGGUACGAUAAAGGUGUAUGAUAUAAAUCAUGAUCCAAAUACUUUGACGCAGCAGAGCGAAACCCCAUCUUUGGUUAUUGAGAGGGAGGAAGGUGGGUCCAAGGCCACUGUUGCUGGAUGGUCUGCUGAUGGAAAAUACAUAAUAGCUGGACACGAUGACGGGUUUGUAUCAAAAUAUGACGCUGAAACCGGUGAGUUGAUAAAGAGAAUUCAAGCACAUGGUAUACAUAAUGAGGAAAAGAUAGUGAGUGUGACUGAUAUUCAAUUUGCACCAGAGGAUAGAUCAUACUUUAUAACUUCAUCAAAGGACAAGUGUGCCACUUUAAUUGAUGUCGACACAUUUGAAAUAUUGAAGGUUUAUAAAGCUGACGCUCCAAUGAACACAGCAGCUAUCACGCCGUUGAAAGACUUUGUUAUUUUGGGUGGUGGUCAAGAAGCAAGAAAUGUCACUACCACCGCCGAGUCUCAGGGUAAGUUUGAGGCCAGAUUCUAUCAUAAAAUCUUUGAGGAAGAGAUUGGGCGUGUCAAGGGACAUUUCGGUCCAUUGAACACCGUUGCCGUACACCCAGAUGGAACAGGAUACAGUAGUGGAGGAGAGGAUGGUUUUGUCAGAGUCCACUCGUUUGACAAAUCAUACAUUGAUUUCCUCUUUGAUGCUGAAAGAACCGAGAAAGCAGCUGCAGCUGGAACCAUCUAG